AUGCCUCUGACUUGCAAUCCAGCUGAUCCAGCUGAUGGACUGACGGUUCCAUAUCCCGAGGAUAUUCCUCACUCGGCAGAAAAUGUCGAAUCUACCGCAGCCACAGCGGAAAGGAUAGUCGCAAAUGCCACUGGACCAGAGUUGAUCGAACAAAGUCAACAGCUGGCGUCGUUGGAAGAAGAGCCAAUUGCAGGACCUCCGCCGGACGUGGAAGUGUUCCUCGCAAAUGACAUCGAAGAGUCCAAUGCAGACACCAAUACCGAGACAUAUGCAGUCCGGCCACAGGCACAUGGGCUGCUGUCGACUGAUCAACUUGCCCCAUUGGCAAAUGAGCAAACCGGGUUCGAUCGAGAGGCAUUAGACUUUGAUCCCAGCUUUGAGGCAGGCUCAACAUCAAUGGUCAAUCACACAGAUGCAGGGACGAUGAUACAACUCGCGCCACCAAUGUUACCCGACUUUGAAAUAGACGACGAGACGUGGGCACAGGAAAGCACCAGUACCAGCUAUGUAUCAUCCAUUGCGUCUGAAAUAUCACGGGGCAUCCUCGAGAACGAAAGACUGUAUCCACAGUACGGCAAACACAGCUACGGUAUGCCCAUCGACGAAGCUGAGAUGGAUCGCAUGGAUCUUCAACAUCGGAAGUAUGAACUGGUCAUUGGAGGCAGGCACUUUCUCGCUCCCAUUGAUGAUUGUCCGCAGAGGAUUCUUGACCUGGCAACGGGCACAGGCAUCUGGGCACUGGACGUGGCAGACAUGUUCCCCAGUGCAGAGGUUUUGGGAGUCGACAUUGCUCCUAUUCAACCUAAAUGGGUGGCUCCAAACUGCUCGUUCGAGAUUGACGACAUUGAAGAUAGCUGGACUUACCGCACCGACAAUUUCGACUUUAUUCACUUGCGAGAUCCGCUGUACAUGGUGAGGGACUGGCCCAAGCUGGUGCGUCAAAUGUAUGAGCACACCAGACCGGGAGGCUGGGUAGAGCUGGCUUCUGUCUAUCCACGCGUGAUGUGCGACGAUGGAUCCAUGCCGGACGAUUCGAUGUUCAAGUUCAUCUGCGACAAGUUCAUCGAGGCAUCUUACAGGAUGGGGGCUCCGUUAGAUAGUUGCCUUCGCUUCGCCGAGUAUCUCCGGACCGCCGGGUUUGUGGAUGUGGCCGAGCACGUAUUCAAAAUGCCAUCGUCCCCGUGGCCCAAAGACGAACGACUCAAGAAGAUCGGGGCUUUGGAGAUGACGAAUGUGGUCGAGGGUGCUUCGGCGUUUGGUCUGAGGGUUUUUUCUCAUGCAUACGGGUGGACACGCGAGGAGACGGAACUGGCCAUGGUGGGAUUUCGGAGGGAUGUGAAGAACCGCAAAUACCACCAGUAUGUGCGAUAUUAUGUGGUGUAUGGGCGCAAGCCUCUUCCGGCUACGACGGACUGA